AUGCGUGUAGAUGCGCGAUUCGAAGUGCUCGGCAGCCCCUUCUCCCUCCUCUCCGCUUCGAUAUCUGCUUCUCAGAACCUGUAUACGCGAAAAGGCACGUUAGUAGGAUUCAAUGGCAAAGCGGAAAAUGCCGUAUCUACCCUCUCUCUUCUUGAGCCAUUCCGACGAGCACUUCUCGGUAUACCAUUUGUCUACCAGCGAAUCUCCUCGACCUCUCCAUAUACAGCGCUCAUAGCUACCAAAUCGCCCAUCACAUCUCUGGUCGUAGUACAUCUGGAUGGCAGAUUAGACUGGAUGGUGGCGAGAAGAAAUGCUUUACUAGCAUGGACAGGACAUACACUCCAGCUCAGGCCGCGAUGGAACAUGAGAAUGAGCAUGGCACAUUGGGGAAACACGACUGUGACUGGCCGGGGGCUACUCGCUCUGUCAGGCAAAGGUCUUAUCCACCAAAUCUCGCUCAAGGCUGGCGAGGACUAUGUGGUGCAUCCCAGCAAUGUGAUUGCGUACAGCAUGAUGCAGCAUGCGCCGCAGCCGUAUCGAUUCAAGUCGAAUAACCUGCGCUUGCAGAUUCCGAACCCGUUGACCCUCCUUCCUGACACGAGAUUUUUCAGAACAGUGCGGGAAAGCACGGCAUACAAGCUGUUCAGAGAUUUUGCUCUCACAGUCAGGACGUGGACGAGGAGAACGAUCUGGGGCGAUAGGCUCUUUCUACACUUCCAUGGCCCGGCGACAAUCCUGCUUUCAUCCAGAGGAGCACGAAUCACAGACGUGCUUUCCUCGCAAGACGUCAACGAGAUUGCGGAUAGUCCUGCUGGAGCUGUCCCAUCCGCACUGCAUGCAAAGUCGGCAGCUGAAUCCGGCGCAGCUCUCACAGCUCCGCCACCAAGACAGUCAGAACAGAAACUUACAUACGCGAGCGUGAACAAGGGCACAGUCAAGUUCGACGAUGCCAAGGUACCUGAAGGUAGUACGGCGCCCGCCACAGAAGAGGGCGGCAAGUCUCCAGCGGCAGGAACCAAUGCUCAGCUCACACGAUAA